AUGGUUGGGACUGUGAAAGUAAAGGAGACAGAUCCUGGCGAAUUACCCAAAUCCUUCAAGUCCUUCUUGGAAAAUGGAUCAGAGGUGAAGGAGUUCAUCCUUGUGGGGCUAACAGAUGUCUCAGAGUUUCAGGUGCCCCUUUUCAUAGUUUUCACCAUCAUCUACCUCAUUACCCUGGCGGGGAACCUAGGGAUGAUAGCCCUGAUUUCUUGGGAUCCCCGUCUCCACACACCCAUGUACUUUUUCCUCAGUAAUCUCUCUAUAGUGGAUUUUGGCUACUCCUCUGCUGUUACUCCAAAGGUGAUGGCUGGGUUACUCCCAGGGGACAAGAUUAUUUCCUACAAUGGAUGUGCUACACAGUUAUUCUUCCUUAUUGGCUUAAUCUUUGUUGAAAAUUUCCUCCUCUCUGCAAUGGCCUAUGAUCGCUGUGUAGCUAUAUGUAAGCCCCUCCAUUAUCCCACUCUCAUGACUUCCAGGAUAUGUGCUCGUUUGACAAUUGGGUCCUACAUAUGUGGGUUUCUUUGUUCCUGUAUUCACACAGGAAACACUUUCAGUCUCCACUUCUGUAAGUCUAAUGUGAUCCAUCACUUUGUCUGCGAUAUUCCACCAGUCAUGGCUGCCUCUUGCUCUGACAUACACAUUAAUGAAAUGGUUGCCUUCUUUGUUAUAUCAUUUACGGCCUUUUUUGCCCUUUUCAUCAUUUUGAUAUCCUAUCUAUUCAUCUUUAUCACCAUCUUGAGGAUGCAUUCAACUGAGGGACGGCAGAAAGCCUUUUCCACCUGUGCUUCUCAUCUCACAGCUGUAUCCAUCUUCUAUGGAUCUGGAAUCUUCAUGUACUUACAACCCAGCUCUAGUCAUUCCAUGGACAGAGAUAAAAUAGCAUCAGUCUUCUACACUAUGGUAAUCCCCAUGUUAAAUCCUCUGGUGUAUAGCCUGAGGAACAAAGAAGUCAUAAGUGCAUUUAAGAGAGCUCUGGAUGGGACAAAAUCAUCCUUUAGGUCCUCGUUGCUCAGAAAAAUUCCUCAAUGA